GGAAUGAUAUCGAUGUGUAGAUGUCUCCCCAUUUUUGGCCACAACAAAGCAGAGUGGGGAAUGUACUGAAGAACCCCAAUCGCCGUUGGCAACGUCAUCCAUCCAAUCCUCGUUUCUAAAUCCCAAAUCCAUCCAAUCUCCAUACUUUAUUUCCAGCUGGGUUCCUCUCUUCCCUGAAUUCAUCUUCCUCCCUUGUAGUGCUUUAAUGGCUUCGUAGUCCCACUUCCACUGCAAAAAGUGGACUCUAACAACCUUCAUUGACUCUCUCUUCUCUCUGUUCAGACCCUUUUCUUGAUUUCUGGUUCUGGGUCUCCAUUUUUGUUUCUCAAUCUCCACCACGAUGAGUGCGAUGAGUUUAGGAACGUCUUUUCAAUCCUGCUCCAUUUUCAGUCAAGCUUGUAGAUCCAGUAGUUAUCCAUUGAAAAAGGGGUUGAAAUCCUUUGUGAUUCCGAAACGGAGGUUACCCAGUUCGUCAAUUUCGUCUUUCUCCAUUUGUGCAGUGCUAACCAAGGAGGAGACUCUGACGGAGGAAGAAGGUAAACCUACUUUCAAUUUCAAGGACUAUAUGGUUCAGAAAGGGAAUUCGGUUAAUCAUGCUUUGGAUGCUGCGGUUUUUCUUCGAGAACCAUUGAAGAUUCACGAAGCGAUGCGGUACUCUCUAAUGGCGGGUGGGAAGCGCGUUCGUCCUGUUCUUUGUAUCGCAGCGUGUGAGCUCGUUGGUGGUAAUGAAUCCAUGGCGAUGCCGGCGGCUUGUGCCGUCGAGAUGAUUCACACAAUGUCUUUGAUCCAUGACGAUCUUCCUUGUAUGGAUAACGACGAUUUGCGCCGAGGAAAACCCACAAAUCACAAGGUAUUCGGCGAGGAUGUUGCCGUUCUCGCCGGAGAUGCGCUUUUAGCUUUCGCUUUUGAGCAUAUCGCUGUAUCGACGAUCGGUGUAGCGCCGCCGCGGAUUGUUCGUGCGAUUGGAGAGCUCGCAAAGUCGAUUGGGGCUGAGGGACUUGUCGCCGGCCAAGUUGUUGACAUUAAUUCCGAAGGGGCGGCCGAUGCUGGCCUUGAGCAGCUUGAGUUCAUCCAUUUGCAUAAAACCGCCGCGCUUUUGGAAGCAGCGGUGGUUCUUGGAGCCAUCCUCGGCGGCGGAUCGGACGAGGAUGUUGAAAAACUGAGAAAUUUUGCCAGGUACAUUGGAUUGCUAUUUCAGGUUGUGGAUGAUAUUCUGGAUGUAACAAAAUCUUCAAACGAAUUGGGGAAAACUGCUGGGAAGGACUUGGUAGCUGAUAAAGUUACGUAUCCUAAACUCAUGGGCAUUGAAAAAUCAAGGGAAUUUGCUCAAAAAUUGAACAGAGAUGCUCAAGAUCAGCUGUCUGGUUUUGAUCCUGAUAAAGCUGCUCCAUUGAUUGCUUUAGCUAAUUACAUUGCUUAUAGGCAAAAUUGAUAAUGUCUCUAUGCUAAACUUGCAUUGAAAUUGAAUCAUGGGAGCAUCUGAAUUUGAGCUUGAUACAAAUUACUUCUUGAAUUCUGAAUUCUGGGGUCUGUGUUCUUCUGUGCCAUUCAUAUGCUCUUCUUCUCUGUAGUUUUAGUUUUUUUAUUCAACCCUUUUGUAUCAUUUAGUGUUUGUAUUGAUACUGAUAAAAGUUCUCGAAGCUCUGUAUUCAUGUAUUGGAACCGUCCCUUUAUAUCAAGUAUACGUGAUUAUAGCAAUUAGGCAUUCCUACCUUUUUUUUU